CUUCCCUUAGGUGCCAAGCACCCCUCCCACAACCCUUUGCCAGAGACUCCUAUCCAGCUCUGCGGCUCCGAAAAGACCAUGUCGACGGGGGCGCCGCCCCGGAUUGCGGAUCUCGCGCCUCCAUCCAAUGGACACGCUCAAGGUCACAGCCACAGUCAUGGGCACAGCCGCAGUCGUGGUCACAGUCGCAAUGCUCGCUGGGCUCAACCACCACCUCCCAUCCAGGUAGGGAGCUCCAAUGGCAAUCCAUCGCAACUUGCGCAGUCACCGCCGGACACGGCAAAUGCAAACUAUUCAUACACUCAUGCAAGCAAGCCAUCGAGGUCUGGUCAUCACUACUCCGCCUCCCACUCAAUCUCGCACCACACCCAUACCCACAGCCAUAAUCACACCCAUAGUGUGGCAUCCGUUCAUGACGCGGCGCAUGAUCACAGAAAGGCAGUGUCUGGCGCCUAUAGAGAGCACAGCUCAAAUGGCUCUGAGCAGAUACAUGAGGUAUUCACUGGCUGUUUAAUCGCAUUGCCCUGGAUCGCGCUCUCUUGGUACCCGAGGAAUUGCGCACAGGAGAGCCAAACCGUCGAAGGCAUCGCGGCUGUGAAUACUUGCACCUCCGGUCUGGGAACUGGUCAUGCCGGACAGAAGACUAUAGUUUUAACAGCGAUGACUCUUCUCAUCUUUGGAAUUAGCCGGCUUGCGCGAUUGCACCAUCAAAAUGCAGCUUCAAUGAGCACCUCGUCAAUCAAAUUUCCAAGUCCGGAUGGAAAGACCACCAAAGCUGCCUUCCUACAAAUAUUCUCCAUUGGGCUUCCCAUUUUCGCUACCUUGGAGAUCGGGGGGAAGCCCUAUUCGAUCGCUCUUAUUGGAGCAGCCGCAUUUAUGAGCUUCUUAGGCAUGAAUAAAUCCUGGGAUUCCUCGCCUCUCGCCGGGUAUCUCGCGCUCAUGCUUUCCCUCUUCGUUCUUUCCCCGCCUUUUCCUUCCAUACGCCGACAGGGCCCCAUUCCAGAGCCGGGCCUCGUAACAGAAAAGGCAUCGGAUGCGAGCCAGACAUCGGUCCUCGUGACAACCGAUGCACCGUUGGCCCUUGUCUCGGGAUUCUCCUUGGCUGUACUAAGUUUGAUCAUUUCUCGGGGGUUGCCUUUCAGUAUAUCCGACCUGAUCUACCUUCUCGCUCCCGCCGGGCUUUUGGCAGCCUCUCUGAUGUUCUCAUUCCCGACUGGUCUCCGUUCCCCGAAUAAAGUUGGUCUGGCCGUCAGCGCUGGAGCUACCGCUCUUUCGUGCUCCCCGCACAUUCGGGAUGACUUAAUAGUUGUCUAUGCCGCGCGCUGCGUUCUGGCUGCGGCUUCUUUUUUCGCAUCAAGAAUGGACGACAGCCGCCUCCGCUCGGACGUCCACUCGCACAGUCAUUCCCACAGCACGACCGAGUCUUCGCGCGUCACCAAAUGGCUUGUUCACCGCAGCGAAGCCUACCCUUUGUUGCACAGCAUUCUAAAGGAGAAAGAUUCUCGCAGCAUCUUCUACUUCAUGUGCCUCAACUUCACCUUUAUGCUUGUUCAAUUGUCGUACGGCUUUUUGACUGGCUCCCUCGGACUGCUGAGUGACAGUAUUCAUAUGUUCUUUGAUUGCCUUGCAUUGGUCGUCGGACUGUGUGCCGCUGUCAUGAGCAAGUGGCCACCUAAUGCUCAGUUUCCCUAUGGUUAUGGCAAGGUAGACACUUUGUCUGGAUUUGCCAAUGGUAUUUUCCUUAUGAUCAUCAGCGUGGAAAUCAUUUACGAAGCGGUGGAGCGUUUGUCAUCGGGAAGCGAAAUGCAUCGCCUAGGAGAGCUGCUGGCUGUCAGCAUUGCCGGAUUGGCAGUGAAUCUGGUCGGCAUUUUUAGCUUUGAGCACGGCCACCAUCAUGGCCAUGAUCACGGUCACGGUCACGACCACUCUCAUGGUAAUGAGAACAUGCAUGGCAUCUUCUUGCACAUUUUGGCGGACACACUGGGCUCAGUGGCGGUGGUCAUUUCAACCAUUCUCGUGCACUAUACCGGAUGGGCUGGAUAUGAUCCUCUGGCCUCGUGCUUUAUCGCCAUAUUGAUCUUUGCCUCGGCUGUCCCGCUGGUCAGUAGCACGGCCAAAACCCUGCUGCUGACCCUGCCUGCCGAUACCGAGUAUAAUGUUCGUGAAACCCUCGCCGGGGUGAGCACUUUACGGGGGGUGGUCAGCUACACGGUGCCAAAGUUCUGGCUUGACGACACCAGUGGAAGCUCGUCUGGACAUGACCACGAUCAUUCUCAUGACCACUCCAGUCAUUUUGGCUGCGAGUCCGAUCACCGUCACGGUCAUAGCCACACUCGUACUCGUGAUGAUCACAGUCACGGCCACAAUCAUGUUCACGAUCACGAUCACGAUCAUAGUCACGGACACGGACACGGACACGACCACGACCACGACCACGAUCAUGACCACGAGCACUCUCAUGAACAGAAAAAUCAAAAGGUUUUCGGUGUCAUUCAUGUCAUUGCUUCUCGUGGGUCAGACCUGGAAGACGUACGGCUACGAACUGUCAGCUAUCUGCAGGCCAAGGGCGUGGACAUCGUGGUUCAGGUGGAGCGUGAUGGAGAUGGACGCUGUUGGUGCGGUGGUGGAAAUAAGAGCUCUUAA